AUGUUUGCUGUCGAUGGGCUUGGCGAUGAUCUCUUCUCUCUACUACUCGAUCAGCUAUCAAUCAGCCAUUAUCUCAUUCUACGGCAUGUUAAUCGACGAUUCAGAAAUGCGAUUGAUCGUCGAUACAUGAUGCCGAAUAGGAUUGAUUUCGUCUCAUGUUUCGGCAGCACAAUAGAUGAAAAAGAAGAGGAUCAACGGCCCUCUGCGGCACAAUAUCAAAAAAUUGUAGUACGAGCUGCGCGACUGACAUUCAGCAUCCACGAUGAUGCGUACCAAAUCGUGGUAGAUAGUCAGACUCAGUCUCUAUUUAUUGAGCGCGACUACAGUGGAAAGUUUUUCAGCCGAUAUCCGGUCGAUUUUAAUGGAUUUAUGGCCAACCUUACUCGUCUCAGCCGUUCUAUCAGGGACCUGCAUGUUAGAUUCAGGCCGAAUCUGGGGGCUCUCGAGCUUUGUUAUGGCGAGAAGAUGCCGAGGAUCGACGUUUUAGAUGCCGCAUUUGAGAUGGGCAGCUUCUUCCACUCGUUGUGGGCCGUGGAAAAGAUUCUGAUGGAAGUGGAGACGGAUGAAAUCUUUCGAGCGAAACCACUCAUCGGUCGUUGUCGACAAUGUCAAAUGCAAUACGGUUCGGAAAUCCCAUGGAGAUGCGGAGAAUGCAUAGAAUUCUGGAGUGAAGCAUGGGUGAGGAAUUGGCGACAGAGAGGCCCUCGACCCUUCGAAAGAAAAAUAUUGGCAAAAAUGGAGAUGACUUCUAAUUUCCGGAAAUAUCCGUCCAUACACAACGACGCUUUUGCACCGUUUUUUGAUCUGGCGAUUUGCCCAUCUCGACCACAACAAUCGGGAUAUUUACAUAAAAUGUCAAUUGCUGAGACGAGUGAUGAUGGCCAAAUAUUCGAUAUUCCAUUAUUUCUGAAAAAGUACGAAAGACGCCUUCGAACACUUCAUAAUGGAAUGAUGACAUUUCUUGAUGAUACGGAUGCUGAUGCAGAAUUAUUGGCCAAAUGGAUGCCAGACGAGGAUGAGUGUGAGCAGCAUUUUGUUUCAAAGUUGCAAAAAUUCAGUAUUGAAGUUUAUGGGAAAUUUUUCCUCUGCGCCAUUUUCAAGUCUACAUUUUUUGAUCAGGAGAUCUAUCUGUCAAUUUUCGACAAA